GCUGAAUCACAGAGAUAAAUUUAAUUUUCUCAACCAUAUUACAAAUAGAAAUUUUAUUUGUUUCAUAUAAGAUAUGGACACCUCUAUCAUUCUCUUCAAAUACUGUAAAAUAAGAAGAAUUUAUUUUGGAAAAUAAAAACAAAUGAGUAAUAAUUUAAGAUGACUGGCAUAUUUUCAAAAUUGUUUAAAGGCAAUAUUAUGGCACAGAUAGCAGCUGGCAAACACAAUUCUUUAGCUUAAAUGUAAGCUAUAACACAGUUGAGCCACAGCACAGUUAGUUUUGCUAAUGUGUUUGUAUUUUCCAACAUAUGAAAUAAUAACUUUAUGUAAUCAAGCUCACAGCCCAGUCAUUGUUAGAUCACGUUGAAGAAAAGUAAAAGAAAGCGAUAGUGGUUUCAAAUCAAAAAGAUCAAAAUAAUGGCAAAAUUCCUGCCUUAAAAAAGGUAACCACAUAUACUUUGAAGGCCCACCAUAACUUUAAGACAAAACUUUAAAGUGGCUUUUUGAUACAGUAAACAAAAAUGAUUCUAGGUAAAACUGAACACUUCUUUUAAUUACAAUAAUAACAAGAAAAUUUUAUUGACAUACAUUUUAAGUUUUAAUAUACAACAUUAUUAAUGGUUCAAAAUUUAUAUCAUCACCAGAGAUUAACAAGUAAAUGAGAACUUUGUGUAUUCUAAAUAUUUUCAAUUAACAUUUUAAUAAAGAUAAAGAGACACUUUACAAGUUACUCAUCCUUACAACACUGGGUGACUUACUGAUGUAAUAAAUGUAAUAGCAAAUAAAAAUAAUAGGAUUUUAACUAACAGAGGAGAUUAUAACAGACUAAUAUAAAAGAUAACACAUAAUUUACAGAUUUUUUCUAAAAUGUUAAAUCCACAAAAUGUCUAUUUUUUAACCUAUACAGUCUAGAAUAUUUUAGUUAAAAUGUUUUUGUAAAGUCUGAACAAAUGAUGCACAGAAAAAUGUUUGAAAAACAUAAAAGUAGCAUUUCGGCUCUUGCCUUUCCAAGUAAGUCUGUAAAAUAAAUACUGAUUUCAAAAUAUCUAGAAAAUUGUAAACAUGUUUUUCCACCAUUAGAACUGGCCAUUCAACAUCAAGUCUUUUUUUCCAUAUAAUUAAGCUUUUGUUCCGCUAAGAAAAAACUAGAAACUGAUUGCUUGAAAAUGAGCUGCAUGCCCUUUGUCCUGAUUUGUCACCUUUGACCCUUAAUUUGAUGAUCCUGCAUAUCAACCCAUUCUAUUUUUAGAAGAAUCAUGUCAAAGUUCUAUGCUUAAAAUAGUACUUUUUACUGAUAUAUUAAAUGUAUUACAACAUUACUUUUCAGGUAAUUUCUACAAUGGUUUCAUACUAGUACUCAUUUCAAAUAAUGUAGAGCACAGUAAUAUUGUAAGCAGUAAAAGCCUGCUGUUUGUCCUGUUUCAAACAAUAGAAAAUUUCCCCCAAAUGACAGGUCAAUAUCAUUAUAAUUUCAAAAUUUAUAUUCUUAUUUUUUAAAUUAUUUAAUGUUUUUAAGUGGAAUUUAUUUCAUGAAUGAUUUCUAAUUUAAGCUUGAUAUCACAUAUUUUGAUGUUGGUUUUGAUAGUGCCAGAAUAUGAACCUAAAUCAAAAAUUGCAAAUAUCAAGUUCAUACUCUAUCUUACCAGUAGUGUCAACUAAAACUGUACAGUUGAGUUAAAUAACUAGUUGCUUAAACGGGUUUUAAAAAUCUUGUCAUCAUCUGCAAGUGGCAGCUUUCAAAGAAAGAGAAAACCUCUAGCAUUGAUCCUAUUGAUUUUACUGACAUUAUUCAAAAUCAAUGUUACACAGUAAAUUAAUAUACUUCAGGGAUAACAUUUCUCUAUCACAAUUUCUGAUGAUUCCAAUUCAACUAGGUGAAAAGCAAAAAAAAAAUUUAUGAAAUAUAUAUGCAUAUAUUUCCUAUAGUCAUGAUGCUACUUGAAUCCCUACACAAUUUCUGUGUACUGUACAGUUUUCAGUCAGAUUUAGCAGGGACCAAUAUGGCUGUCUUGAUUCAGCACUGUGGCCAGCGACUUUGUCGAGCAUCAUUGUGUCAGAGAAAUCCAACACAAUAAUGUACAUGUAUACAAGUACAUGGUGGGCAAGUUUCUCAAAACAAUGAGAUUCUGUAUUUCAUAUAGUCCAAGACUUAUUCAUAUAAAUCAACCUUAAGUAUUUGAAUGUAAAGAAUUUCCAUUGUUCUUCUUGGCAAGCUAGAAAUACUUUACUUUGUGGUUCAUCAAAAACAGUAGUUAUUUGUAAAGAAAAUACAGUCCCUUUAAAAGUCAAGGAAAUAAGGUACAGGUUCAAAAGUAUUUAAACAAAAAAAACUGAGUGAGAAUUUUAAAAGAAAAUUAAAUUCUAUUAAAAAAUACCUAAUAAGAAAACGCUUUAGUUGUCCAAAAAUUUGUAACGCCACUUUCAUAAUCAAUAAUUUAAUUACUUCUAAAUUGAUUCAUCCCUGUAUGCCCAUGUUUCAUUUUUUAAAUCAAUGCAACUUUGGAUUAAGAUAAAUGUUUAUAGAUCAUUUCCUGACCUGAACUUGCUAAUACAGUCCCCAAAUUUGGUAGCUGUGCCUAGCGCUUCAAUUAUUUUUAAAGAGACAUCACUCACACCUGAAGACUGUUAUUCAUACAUGUUUUAUUUAAUAACUUAUUUUCUUCCUUUAAUCAUGAUUUGUAAAUUAUGACAGCAGUGUGUCACAAAACCCUAAUCAUGUUACCAGAUCAGAUACCAAGCAUUAUCAAACUUUUAGGCAGGUAAGAUCUAUUUAAUCUUCUCUUUCUUCAGAGUAAACCGGAAAAAAAAAAGCCAAACUUAAAUUCACCGUAUUUUGGGAUUUAUACGUGCAAUAAACUUAAAAAUAAGUUAUUCUGAAGACUAACUUUGAGCACUACUAUUUUAAAUCUCGAUUUGCUUCCCUUACAAAGUAUAAGAUUGACAUACCUCGCCUCACAACCUAGCGAUUUUUAAAUUUAAAUCUUGACUAAUUUCACAACAAACUUUUUAUUGUUUCUGAAGUCUAGUAGAGAACAUACAUAGUAAGACACCAUACAGUCUGACAAGGAUUAAUGAGAAUAUAAUUAUUGAAUCAUUUAGUUCCAGAUCUAUUAAUUGAGAAGCACCUAUAAAGUUACCAAAAACCAAUAUGCAUUACAACCCGAUCCAAUUCCUUAAAUUUUUAUGACCUUAUAUUGUCAAGCAAAGAUUAGCUGAUCCUACUUGUAAAAUGGAAAAGUCAAAUAAAACUUUUUUAUUCAUUGGUAGUAUAGCUCCUUCCCCACUAAGUGCUAGAAGAGGCCUUGUGUCAGUUUCAUUUCUAAAGCUCUGUAGGAAAUUAGGCACACUGGAUUGCUGUAUUUCAUACAUGCAAAGAUAAAUAAUUUGGCAAGCAAGAACCUUCCCUAAGAUGGACAAGGGUGUAAUUAUUAUUGAAAAUGGAAUACUGAUUAUUACAUUCUCUUCUGUUAAUUUAUCAUAUGACUCCUCUAUAAAAUCUAUGCAAAUUCACAGCAGAAGAAAAAAAGGCAUAAAUUUCAUAGCAAAUUUAUUUUUUCAUACAAAAUGGCAUAUAAUUCCAAGAAUUCACCCUUAACUUUCAAAUUUUCCCUGAAAGCUUUCAUAAAACUGUGAUGUUUUGUACUUAUUGUUGGACGUAAAAAUGUGCUUUUUAAAAAAGCACUUUUGCAUUAUCUAAGUAAAUAUGGUAAUAACCAGCACCAAAAAAAGAGAAACAUUAAGAUUUUCUUGAUUAAAAAUCACUUUAAGUCAUAUUUUCCCAGCAAUGUUGUAAAACGUUUUAAAUUCAUUCUAAUACUAGUUGUCAGGUGUAAUUUUCACUUCCACAGUAUUUGUGAUCGAUAAAUAAAAAACUACAAUAGGAGUAUAAUUUAUUUUCCCCUUGCAUUAACAAUAAUAGGUAUAAAAAUCUACAGUGGAGAAUUUAGUUCCAUGAACAGUGACACUUGGCAACCUUAAAAACCUACGGAUGAAAACAAACCCACAAAGAACUGAAGGGAACUCAAGGAAACACAGGCACCUAAGAUUUCAUUCUGUGUUACAUGAAACAAUUCAAAAUGGCGGACUUACUAUUACUUACAUUUAAGAAAUUUCCGCAAUAAGGGCACUAAAUACAUACUGUUAGAUUUUACUCGAAAACACUCAAUAUUUACCAACGUGCAAUUUUUAAAAAAAGUUUUUGGAGUACAAAUCUUCACAAAGCACCCGCAUCCAAUGUUCCAGUCAGUAGUCAGUUAAUGCUCCUGCAAACGUAUCAUUUCUUCUUUGGUUUUUCCCUUUCAAAAACAACCUAAAUCCAAGUGCGUUCUUCCCCGUUCUUUUCAAAAUCCUUAAUUUUAAUUCAUGAAUUUACAUCACCGAUACCGAAGCAAAAACGAUCCCCGACGCCUGCCCGGUACAAAGCAGUUCGGCUUGCGGAGCGCGAAAGGGAGGUGCGCACGCCCUCUGGCGGCGCGGCCCCGUGCGUCCCAGACGAGCCGGCACCGGCCGCGAGGACCCGCCGCCGGGACCCCAGCCUGCGCCGCACCCUCGCGCCCUGCGCCCCCGCCCUGCCCCGCCCCGCCCUCCCGCUCCAAGCCGGCUUUGGCCGCCCGGCAGCAACCGCAGCGGCGAGCCUGGGCGGCCGCUUUGGCAACGCAGUGCCCACACCGGGCGCCGACCCAGCAGCACCGAGCGGGGAGAGAAAGAUGCCCUGGACAUCAUUCCGAACAGCACAAUUCAAGGGGAGGCUUUUCCAAAUUAUGCAGCUGAUAAGAGGCAGAAGAGAAGCAAAGGAUGACCGUGAUCUCAGGCUCUUGGGUAACCCCCUCCCACACCAACUCUGAGUUUGUUUAUGGCUUGUUUUGGACAAUAAGACAUUAGCAAAUGAGAUAUAAGUACAGGCUUGAGAAGUACAUGGGCACUGGGGCUUGCUUGCUGGCUGCUCUGUGGAACCUGAGACUACCACGUGAAGAAGUUCGAAGUGCUAGAGGUUGAGAGAACAUGUGCAGCAAAGAUGAAGCAUCCCAGCUGAGAUUCCCCUAGACCAAUCAGCUUGCCAACUGCCACAAAAGCGAAUAAAGCCGUCCAAGAGCAUCCAGCUAUAAGGUGAGCCAGUCCAGACCAGAAGAAUCACCUGAUCAACUGAAAGAUAUAUGUGAAAUAAUAAAUGUUAGAGGUUUUAAAUUUUAAGAGGUACAGAGGCAUAUGGUUGAUGGUUCUGUUGUAUAAUCAUUAUUUAGUCUGGAAAGAAUCACUUGGAGUCGUCUGCUUUUAACUUUUGUCAUAAACACAACAUAUGAGAUAACAUAUUUCAAAACAUUAAAAAAUUUUUGUUUUGUUUUGUUUGGGUUUUGAAAUGGAGUCUCGCUCUGUCACCCAGGCUGGAGUGCAAUGGCGGGAUCUCAGCUCACUGCAACCUCCACCUGCCAGGUUCAAGCGAUUCUCCUUCCUCAGCCUUCUGAGUAGCUGGGAUUAUAGGUGUCCACCACCAUGCCUGGCUAAUUUUUGUAUUUUUUGUAGAGCCGGGGUUUCACCAUGUUGGCCAGGCUGGUUUUGAACUCCUGACCUCAGGUGAUCCUCCUGCCUCGGCCUCCCAAAGUGUUGGGAUUACAGGCGUGAGCCACUGCACCCAACCAAAAAAAAUUUUUUUAAACUAUAGAAACCCCCCUCAGGUUUGUAGCUGAUGUUGGGCAUGAAGAUGUCUGUGCUUUUAGAGCCCAUUUUCAAGUUUUAGAUACAGAUUUUCCCCCAACAAAAAUUCAUGGAAGUUUCAAGGAUUGCCCAUAAGAAUAUAUCUCUCAAGAAAAGCAUUGAAUUUAUUUCAUUGUACCAUAUUUUGAAAUGUCCAGGAAAAAGGAAGAUGCCUCAAAACAUUGCAGAUUCACACACAGCUUUUCUUUAUUUUUAGCAUUAACAUAAAUUACAUUAAACUCUUGAUUUUUAAAAAUCAUUAUACAGUUAAUUAGUGAAGAAUUCCUAAGUGUUUAUCUGCCCAGGGUCAUUUCUUCCAUUAGUCCCCCCUUAGUACUUAACUGAAAUUGCUGUGUUUUCAGACCUAAAGAUUAAGUCAUGGGAGGUUGGUGUUGAAGUACAAAAGGUAUUUGGUAUUUUAGAUACAUGAUAAAUAAGGCAUGAAUGCGUUAGCUCAAAUUAUGGGACAGAAUUAAAAUAUGAUAAUAAUCGUGAUUUCCAUUUAUUAGGACACAGUAUCCUGGACCUGGGGCAAGUGGCAAAUGAAUUUUAAGCAGUUGGCAAAGCUUUUCAUAAGUAAAUCUAGCUGCAUAUCAGACUGUAUUGUAGUCCCAGCUGCUUGGGGGGUAGGGUAACUGAAGCAGAGGAUAGAUAGCUUGAGCCCAGGAGUUCAAGGCUGCAGUGAGCCAUGAUCCCACCACUGCACUCCAGCCUGGGCAACAGAACCAGACUUUCGCUCUAAAAAUAAAUUAAUAAAUAAAAAGUAAUUCAGCAGUUUUCUUUCUUGGAUAGUAAAAAAUAUCUCCUAAAAUAGGAAGAGGUGUAGGGUGAAGAAUUAACAUAUGCUGAAUCCUUACCAGGUGGCAGAUUCUAUUCUUAGCAUCUAUGUACAUGAUCUCAUUUAUAUCUCAUAAUAAACCUAUAAAUUGAGCAUAGUCAUUUCCAUUUACAAAGGAGGAGCCUAAGACUACUCACUGUAUGUUUCUCAAAGUGUAUUCCACAGAUCACUCACACCAGAUAACCUAGGGAACUUAACAGAAGUUUACAUUUCUCAUCCUCAAAUCAGAUUUCCCUGACUCAUAAUUUCUGGGGCACUUUUAAGAAAACCAAUAAAUUAUACAAAAGCGGCCGGACACAGUGGCUCAUGCCUGUAAUCCCAGCACUUUGGGAGGCCAAGGUGGGCAGAUCACAAGGUCAAGAGAUUGAGACCAUCCUGGCCAACAUGGUAAAACUCCAUCUCUACUAAAAAUACAAAAAUUAGCCAGGCAUUAUGGCGCAUGCCUGUAGCCACAGCUACGCAGGAGGCUGAGGCAGGAGAAUCGCUUGAACCCAGGAGACGGAGGUUGAGUGAGCUGAGAUCAGGCCACAGGCCACUGCACUCCAGCCUGGCGACAGAGCGAGACUCCGUCUAAAAAAAAAAAAAAUUAUACAAAAUUUACAAAAUACAGCUGGCACAGUAGCUCACGCCUGUAAUCUCAGCACAUUGGAAGGCCGAGGCAGGCAGAUCGGUUGAGGCCAGGAGUUCCAGACAAGCCUGGCCAACAUGGUGAAACCUGUCUCUACUAAAAAUACAAAAAAUUAGCCAGGUGUGGUGCUGCAACUACUCGGGAGGCUGAGGCACGAGAAUCAUUUGAACCUAGAGGUGGUGGUUGCAGUGAACCAAGAUUGCACCACUGCAUCCCAGCCUGGGCGACAGAUCGAGACUCUGUCUCAAAACGAAAAAAAAAAAAAAAAAGUUAUAAAAUCCAUGAAAGUUUUCACUUUUGGUGGGUGGAUGUUAAAGUCAUUAGUUAAUCCACCUCUGUUCAUGACAGUUUCUUAAUGAUCUGUAUCUAUAAUUACAUUUCUAUGUUAUAAAAGGUCAAUUAUUUUUAUCUGCAAAUAAAAGCAGCAUAAGGAAGAAAGAGAUCAACAUUCUAGACAUUAGUGUCUAUCCAGUCUCUUCCUCAAUGUAUUGCUAUUUUUAUCACUUGUAAUUAUUAAAAAAUAUUUAUAUCUUUCUUUUCUA